CGGUACACCUAUGCAAUGGGGCGUGUCAACUGUCAACGCUCGAAAGCCAGAGUUUCAUAGUUUCAUAGUUUCAUUCAUUGUUGUUUUCAUUCUGUGUCGGUGGUAGAGCACCACAACAACGCAGAUCGAGAAAAUGCAAGCAUCAAUUGCAUGCUCUCCACAUGCAAAUGGAGUCAUCAACGUCAAAGUGCAAUCACACACCAACCUUGUUUCAACAAUCAUUUCCCCCAAACCGAAUUCUAUUUUGACCCGAACCAAAUCUUCUUCUCAGCUUACACUAGGAUGCGAAUUUCAACCUCAACCACUGCCAAACACUUCCACUUCAAAAUUACACAGAUUCUGCACUUCCAACGUUGGUCCACUUCGGUGCGGCAUUUCGUCGAACGGGUACAGUGCAAAUGAAGGUAGGAGUCUUCGGGAGUGGGUUGAGCUGGCUGGUGAGGCCAUAUCAGCCGCAUAUCCAGUGUUGGUAACAGUUGGGUGCGUGUUGGGGUUGAUGAAACCGAGUUCCUUCAAUUGGGUCACUCCCAAAUUGAGCAUUGUGGGCCUCACCAUCAUCAUGCUUGGAAUGAGUAUGACUCUCACCUUUGAUGAUCUUCGUGGGGCUCUUGCUAUGCCUAAGGAGGUCCUCUCUGGUUUUUUCCUUCAAUAUUCGGUUAUGCCAAUAUCUGGGUUUCUUGUUAGCAAACUCUUAAAUCUUCCAUCACAUUAUGCUGCUGGUUUAAUAUUAGUUGGGUGCUGUCCAGGCGGCACAGCUAGUAAUCUUGUUACAUAUCUUGCACGUGGAAAUGUGGCGCUCUCUGUAAUAAUGACAGCUGCAAGCACUCUAGCUGCCGUGGUCAUGACUCCUCUUCUGACGGCCAAACUUGCCGGUAAUUAUGUAGCUGUGGAUGCAGCUGGCUUAUUGAUUUCAACAUUGCAAGUCGUGCUUUUACCUGUAUUGGGUGGUGCAUUUCUGAAUCAAUAUUUCCAACCCCUGGUUAAAAUUGUCUCUCCGUUGAUGCCACCCAUUGCUGUAGCAACUUCAUCAAUUUUAUGUGGAAGCGCAAUAGCCCAGAGUUCUUCAGCAGUCCUUAUGUCUGGUGGACAAGUAAUUUUAGGGUCCUUCCUUCUUCAUGCUUUUGGGUUUUUCUUUGGUUAUGUAUUUGCAAGAAUGCUUGGGGUAGGUGUGGCAUCAUCUCGAACCAUAUCCAUUGAGGUUGGCAUGCAGAACUCCUCUCUCGGGAUUGUUCUGGCUUCUCAGCACUUUGGAGAUCCCCUAACUGCAGUUCCUUGUGCUGUUUCAUGUGUGUGCCACUCAAUCUUUGGUAGUAUCCUCGCAGGAAUUUGGAGACGCUCUGUGCCUGCCAAGAUGAAGGACUGAAAAUAUUUAGAUGUAUAAACUUUGAGAUUAAUGUUUCUCAUAUUGUAAGAAAUAAAAAUACUAAAACAUGUGUGGGGUUCAUGUGAAUCUAUAUAAAGAGAAAAGAGAGAAAAAGAAAACAUAGGUCCCACGCAUUUUUAUAUAUGUGUAAAAAAAAUACUAAUAUCAUAAGCUUUUGGGAACGGUCGUUACAAAUGUGAAAUAAAUAAAAUAAAUUUUGG